GUAUUUGGUUUUAUUCUCCUACUCCCCUCUGGACUAACUCAGUUAACUCCCACGCUGUGUGAGCAUGGAGUUGGGAUGGUGGGGGACCCUGGGGCGUGGCAGCACCCUCAGCCUCACGCCUCCUGCCAACUCCUGGAGCAGGAAGGGAAAGCGAAAGUCCAGGGCGGGCCUGGGACUUUGCUGUGCAUCUACCCCACGGCCAGACUGGCUCUAAGCCGCCCCGGGGCAGUCUCUCUUCUCCGCACUCCUCCGCGGAGCCCGCUGCCGGCCUCCCCCUCCUCGCGGGCCUGAGGUGAGGGCGACCGCCCCGAGCUUCGCUUCUUCCAGGGGGCUGAAAGCGCCGUGCCCCGGUCCGGCCUCGCUCCGCCUCCGGCCGCCCGCAGGUGAGGCCGGCCCCGGGGCGGUGCUGCUGCUGCUGCCGCUGCCGCUGCCGCUCCCCUCCCGCUCGCCUCGUUCCGUCCCGGCUGGGAGAAGCACCUGUGGUGCCCGCCGGCCCCACCGCUGCCAGGCCUCGUCUCUGAGUACAGCAAGAAGAAAAGGCAAUCAUCAGCAAAGAGAGGUGGUUAUUCAGUGCCGCUGGAUAACGUUGAAGCUUGACCCGAGAACGGUUUCAUUCCACAAAAAUCAGCCAGCAAGAUCUGCACAGACUUCUUUGUAAGAGGAACCAUGUCUGAGAUUGACUAUGAGAAGUUAGCCGAAAUAGAACUGCAGAAAGAUGAAGCAGAAGAUACACAGGCAGGACAAGAUAAAACAUUUAUGCCUCCACCACUUGAGGAUCCUGAGCUAAAUAUCAAUCAUCCCUACUAUGAUGUUGCGAGACAUGGCAUCAUCCAGUUAGCAGGUGAUGACAAUUCUGGAAGGAAAGUGAUUACCUUCAGUUGCUGCCGUAUGCCUCCCUCCCACCAGCUCAAUCACACCAGAUUGCUGGAGUACUUGAAGUAUACUCUGGACCAGUAUGUAGAGAAUGAUUAUACAGUUGUCUACUUUCACUAUGGCCUGAAGAGUCUGAAUAAACCAUCUCUGAAAUGGUUACAAACUGCCUACAAAGAAUUUGACAGGAAGUAUAAGAAAAACCUUAAAGCACUCUAUGUUGUACAUCCAACCAACUUCAUAAAAAUUCUGUGGAAUAUUUUUAAACCUCUUAUAAGCCAUAAGUUUGGGAAAAAAGUCACCUACUUGAACUAUUUAAGCGAUCUGAAAGAACAUCUCAAAUAUGACCAGCUUAAUAUUCCUCCAGAAGUCAUCCGACAUGAUGAAAAUCUUCGGGGGAAACACAAGGGAAAACUGCCACCUGUGGUUAAGGUUCCUCCGCCAAGACCACCUCUACCUACCCAGCAAUUUGGAGUCAGCCUGCAAUAUAUCAAGGACAAAAAUAACGGUGAACUAAUUCCACCAGUAAUGAAGGAAACUGUGUCCUACCUAAAAAGAAAAGAAUACCUGAAGCAACCGAAGGCCAAGGACUGGAGUGGAGCCAGUUCUGCUCUUAAAGGACUACAAGUAGAGGGCCUCUUCAGAAGGUCAGCCAGCAUCCAGACUAUCAAAGAUGUUCAGAAGCUCUACAAUCAGGGCAAGCCUGUAAAUUUUGAUGACUACCAUGAUAUCCAUAUUCCUGCUGUUAUCCUAAAGACUUUCCUUAGAGAACUUCCUCAGCCACUGCUAACCUUUGAGUGUUAUGAUCCUAUUGUUGGAAUUACCAGUGUGGAGAGCUGUUUACGAGUAACCAGAUGUAAACAAAUCAUUCAAGGACUUCCUGAACAUAAUUACAUUGUUCUGAAAUAUCUGAUAUGCUUUCUCCAUAUGGUUUCACAGGAGAGCAUAUAUAACAGAAUGACAGCAUCCAGCCUGGCCUGUGUCUUUGGCUUGAAUUUGAUCUGGCCAUCUAAAGGAACAGCCUCUCUGAGUGCUCUGGUGCCUCUGAAUCUCUUCACUGAACUACUAAUAGAUUUCUACAUGAAUAUAUUCAACUCCCGAACAGUGCCUGGUGAGAUCUUACCUUAAUGCUUCCAGAAAGGGAAAUGAAGACUGCCUGCCUGAAGGAGAGGUCUGAGCAUCUCAACUGCCAAAGCAGUUCUUGCAAAAGACUUUUUCAAUUCUAUACCUUUCCAAGUACCAAAGAUGUUGAGAGGAGCACUCUGUUGCAUAUAUUCUCCUCUCAUAAGAGAACAUGCACAGGUUAAAUACGAUAGGUUGAAGUGAAACCCAUUGUUAAACUUCAGCCAUUCUGAUAAAUUAAAAAAAGUCAUGACAGUAGGUGACACUGUUAUUUGUUUAAGGAUCUGAACACCUCACUGCAGGACACUAUGUUCUGGGACCAUGCAGAACUAAGUUCUGGACCACUCCUGACUGUACAGUUUUUUAUUAUUAAUAUUUUUAUUUGAAUACAAGUUUGUUAGAGAUUUCUGUAGUAAGUUAAUAAAGAUGGAAUUGAUUUUUAUGAUACCAAAAUUUCUAGAACUACAUUUUCCUAUAAGUGUCUUGUUUUAUGCAGAAGAGUGCUCCUGAUGUUUGGGCUGCAUGCUUUUGCAGUUUAAGUUAAUAGAAAUUUGUUCUUCAGAUUGAUUUCUCUACAAAGCAAUAAUAACAGCAACUUGGGUAACAUACUUAAUGUCAUUUUAAUGCCUUUGAAGCCUGUUCUUAGUCUCAGUGUGAAUAAUUAGCUAACAAAAAGGCAGUGUAUUCCUUUCUAACUGUACCAUUAAUAUUGCUUGUAUUUGAUGAACUCUAAAGCAUUACUCUUUCAUUGUUUAACACUGAUUAGUAGUGGGUUGGUGUAAUUAAGUUAUCAUAAUAUUUGCCCACAAAGCAAAAGCAAAUUAACUAAUGGUAUGAAAAAGGUAAGCAGUAUUUUCCCUAAUGUUCAGGUCUUCCUGCUUCUGUACAGAACUGAACUGCAGAAACAGGGGUACUUCAAUAAAACUACUCAUCUCUGGAGAACAAUUCAGCCAUCCCCUCAUCUGCAAGAACGAUGCCCUUUUUAUCCUGAAGGUUCUAGUUGCUAGUUGAAGGUUUGUACUUCUGGCCAUCAUCUCAGCAAUUAUGAAUUGCCUCCCUGCCUAACAGAUGCAACAAAACCUUAUUGCGCUGGGUGAAGAUUAUUUGUUCUUGUCAGAAAUCUGGGGAAAUAACCAAGUAUUCAGAAGGCUGUGGCAUGCUGGAUAUGCCAGGCCUUCUUUUGCCCAGUAGGUGUCAUCUAUAGCAUUAGACAAUUAUUAAAAUUUGAAAAAUACAGAAGCUUUAGAGCAAGACAUAUUAGGACCAAAUUUCACAUCAUAGUUGUGUAUUUUCCCUGUGUCCUCAAGUGUUCUUAAAGGCAGGUUUUUGGGUUUUGAAUAUCUGUGAGUAAUGACCACACAUGACUCUAUUUAAAUCUAAAAUGCUGGGUAAUACAAGAAUAAUUAACGUGUUCAUGUUUGUUGCAUUUCAGCCAAAGGAUAUUGCAAAGGACACAACUGUCUUGAGUUUUGUAUUGCAACUAAUCUCGGUUUUAUAUCUGAGUUAUCAGUGACAGCAUCAUAGCUUGUAUUCUGGAAACAGACACAGUUCUACUUGGUGCUGCACAGUGACUUGGCAACACAGCUCUGUGAAUAAGCAGUAUGUUCUUACUGAGGAGGAAUUUGGCUUUGAGCCAGUGACUGAGUCUGAGAAUCAACAAAACCUGAGCAUUUUGCCACUCUCUGACCUUGGUAAAAAUAUAUACAUGUAACACAUAGUUUUGCUGUCUGUAGAAGGAGGUAAAACUUGGCAUUAGAAAACUGCUUUGGGAUGAAUGGUAAGCCACCAUUUCCCGGCAAUUUGUGGUUCCUCUCAUUUACCAAAUGAAUAGCAAAAUGGUGAUUUCUCCUCUUCGAGUUGCUUCUUUCUUUAAAGAACGGAUAACAUCUGUUAUCCCUUGGUGUAGAUAAUUUGAUGCUGCUCAAGAGGCCGUGGUUCUGGUUGCCUCUAGCACUAGUGAAGCAAAGUAGAGCCAGGGGACUGGGUGCUCUCGCUCCCCAUCACCCUCUUGCCUCCCUGUUAGGCAGUGGUGAGAAGCAGCAAGUGUGGCAGUGCUUCCACUAUAACCUUUUCCUGCCAACUUGUCCAUCAUAGAGGAGGAACUUUCCCAAAUUAAGUACCAAACCCUCCUGAUGGGGCCCCAACUCUGUCCCUCCAACUCCAAAGGAAAUGGCAAUAUCCUUCAUCUGCCGCAGAAGCCUCUAGUCUUCAUCCUGAGAGCCAGAUAUAACUACAACAUUAAAUCAGCUCUCAUGAAUUAUUCAGCAGGGUUUGGACUGAAAUUCAUGUUAGAGAAAUAUAUGUUUCAAAUUUCCUGACUCUAAGAGGAGUCCUGGAGGUGUCCCCUGCAGUUACUUUGAUAAUAGUUUCUCUUUACAAAUGAUAAUUGCACGAUUCAAGGUUUUGUACAGUGUGGCCUUGUGAACUCUUCUCUCAUAUCAAAGAACAAUUUUCAGAUCAUUUCCAUAGCAAAAAGGAAGUGAUUAUGGAGAUAAUCUGUUGGAAACACACAUGCUGGAUUUCAGCUUAAAACAAUAAAAUGCAGUCAUGGAAUGAGAAAUCAAGUGUUACCUAGCUGACAAUAUACAGAGAAUAAAUUGCCGAAGCAUUUUAGGUUACUGAGCUGUUAGGAGCUGAAAAUUGGUCCCAAGAUUAGUCUGAUUAUCACGAUGCCUCUAGCAACGAGCACUGAAGGGGGAAGGGAGUACUUUUCUAUCCUGGAUCUAUAAAGGAGAGUGGGAAGCUUGAACAAUAUCUCAUUAACCAAGGGUAUCCUUACGGUUCUUACAAAAAACUUCUGUACAUGAAUCUCUCUUAUGUGUGUGCAAACAACUGCAAGUGCAUGCUGCACUCUGUGACCAUCAGAGUCUCUCAGAAACUUGCAAACUUAAACAUAUUCAUCCAGUCAUGAUGCUAUUGAUAGUAGACAAGCCCUAUAUUUUGCUGAUGUCAAAUGUGUGCUUAAUUAAGGGAUCCAGUUGAACUCACAAUGAGAUUGAAGGUGUAAUAAUUUCCUUUUAUUGCCUGAAUAAUUUGUCUUCAUGACCCUGGCAGAUGUGCCACUUUUCAAAUGGCAACAGGGGUGCUGGAGGGAGGAAUCAGAGCUGCCACCUGCACCUGUGAUUUCUUAAAUCAGAAGCUCGUGUUGAGUGGAAGAUCUACCAGAAGCUAACAUUCCUGUCCUUACUCUUAUUCAUUUCCAAAUAUUUUUACCCACAAAACAGAAGUUAGAAGCCAAUGCAUACAGCUCUAAGUAGGCACAUCUCCAUUGGAGGUGUGACUGUGAGAUGUGUAAGAGUCACAUGAGUCCAGUUACAGGUGUGGGUGGCAUACAAAAUUUGGUGUUUUGCCUUUCCCACUGGAGUAAUACUCAUUGUCAGCGUCGGAGGGGUUUGAUUUCUGUCUUUAUCUGUGCACACACAGGAAAACUGCUUCAGUGUAUUGCACCUAAUUUACCAAACAAUUCUAAUGUCUUUUGGUAUAAUCUAAGAACAGCAGGGGACCAAAAGGUGUGGGGUGCCACAAAUGUUUCCUUCUUGCUUGCAAACUGGAAAGCCUGUGAAAGCCCUCCAUUAACUGAGGAGAUUGCUUUGGUCUUUGGUGUCUUCAAUAGUGAAUUGUCCUGGAGACAAGGAACUAAACUUCCAAAUACAACCAGAGGAAAAAAAAACCUUUUCCACAGUGGUCCUGUUGGCAUUACCUAGAAUUGUCACAUUGUGGAAAGAGCUGUGGUUUGCCUCUCAGAGGUGGAGAUGCACAAACCUGCGAUGGAAAUGGAAUGUAAGUUCUCCUACCUGCUACUCCUAACUGGGGUCUCUUGUCUUGAGUAUUGUAAAAGCCACGGUACUUGCACACAGAAAGACAGUAGCCCUGCUACCUACCCCCGGCUAUACCUCUCCAGAACAGCUGGCAGAAGUUCUGCCACAAAAAUAAUUAACUAAUUGGAAAAAAUAUUUCUGCUGGAAAGUGCCAACUCAACAAAGAUGAAAGUAACUUGACAGAAGCAAAAAUUUUCUUCCAAGGCUUAUUUUUCAUGCAUUGCUGCUUUCCAUCACCAUCUCCUUUGGGAUGGCAACACUUGGCUGUGCACGGUGUUGCAAUCACUGUUCAGAAGCAAGGAGAGAUCCCUCUGGAGCUAGGAGAGAUGGCACACACAGUUGAGUGAGCAUUAAAGCUGAGUGCUUUUGUGGCCCCAAUUUCUCCACGGUGUAAUAAUCUUAUGGAAGCUUCCUUAAUGACUGUUGGUCUGCCUGCUGUCCCCAGAGCAUGAGUCAAAGGGUGAGGAUUUGUGCGUAUGGUUUGGAGCAUCUAGGCCUGUUACCUGACCUGAAUGCUUAGGUGGCAAAACUGCUUCCUCUGCCAAAGGGAAUUGUACUCCUCAGAAACAGAGCCGCAUGUGCCAGCCAGUUCGUUUUCUUCUGCUUCACACCUCAGACUGAACCAUUAUAAGCUACUGUUAGCCCAGACACUCAUGUCAACCUUCUCAAGCCUAACUGGAAAUCGGGAUUUCUGGCUUUUGGGUUUUUCUUUCUAUUACAUGGAUUGGGUUCUCCAAUGAAAUGUACUUUCAGAUGAUUUUUUCACUUCCCCAUGUAAUUACCCAAAAAAGCACUUUACAGCCUCUUACUCUUCUGCCAUGAAAAUUAUCCACUUAAUUAAUGAGACAAUAAAAAGUAAUUGUGAAGUACA